AUGAAGCGAUCAAGCGUCGAGACUCAGUCAUCGUGGCCUACCCGUUCAACAUCUAAAUCAAUCACAGAUCCCAUCAUCUUCCGCGGACUCAAGUCCAUCACACUCGAAGACACGCAGCAGCGCUCUCUUCUCCGUCUCGCGCAACACGGAAUUAGCGUCUACUCACCGCACACCGCAGUUGACACCGUUCCUGGCGGAAUGGCCGACUGGCUCUGCGACGUAGUAACCGGCGUCUACGGCGAGACCAAGCCAUCCCAGAUCGCAACAUGCAAAUCAUCAAAUUACUCCGCACCCACCUACCCACGCCCAGAGUUCGCAACAUCCGCCACGCAGACCUCGAUCCCCCAUACCCGCACCACCAUCCACCCCUCACCCUCCGCUUCUAUCCCCGAGGGCUUCGAGGACGCCGGUGCGGGUCGCCUAGUUACAUUCAACUCUGCCCAGCCUUUAACCAAGCUGAUCGACUUCAUCGGCCAAGGUGUCGGGCUACCCGGUGGAAUCCCAAUUGCCAUUCCCCAGUCCAAGACCGUAGACGAGAUCCAGAUCCGCACGGUAGGCAUGUGCCCGGGCUCUGGCUCGGGCGUCCUCAUGCGCGGCGAACUUCCCGAUCUUCUAUUCACGGGCGAAAUGAGCCAUCAUGAAGCAUUGGCUGCUACGGAGCGUGGGUCUGUGGUUAUUUCACUUGCGCACUCGAACUCCGAGCGCGGAUAUCUGCAUGCCGUCAUGCGGAAUAAGUUGCUGCAGGAUUUGUCGCAGCGGUGGCAUGCUGAGAGGGAAGCUGCUCUUCAAGGUGCCUCGGAGGAGAACUCUGAGGUUUAUCGGGAUGCUGAGGUCUCGGUCUCGGUUAGUGAGGCUGAUCGGGAUCCGUAUGGAAUUAUGAUUCGUCAUUGA